AUGUUCACACCUAUCGAGUAUAUCUCUUUGCUCUACAAUGCUCAUGAUUCAUCGGAUGAUCUGAUGAUUCAGACAAAAAUGGAUUCAAAUGGUUCGACACAUUCAUCAUCGUCGGGAAAAGAGGAUGGGCUAUCUCAAUUAAGUCGAUCUGCAGAAAAUGCAAAGAGAAUUAAGAAUGUUCAAGACAAAUUUGUGAAUGGUCAAUCUUUGGCGAAAGAAGGUCGUGCGCUGGUUGGCGAAGGCGUUCUGAUGAAAGUGUGUCGAAAAAAGCCCAAGCAACGAGUUUUCUUCCUAUUCAACGAUAUUCUCGUGUAUGGACGUGUAGUUAUGAAUGGACUUAAAUAUACUCAACAAAAAAUUAUUCCUCUAAGUGAAAUUAAAAUCAGUACCCCAACCGAUUGUGAAGAAAAUCCAUAUUCGUGGUUGAUUAGUAGUCCUAAAAAGUCGUUUGUCGUUCGUGCUAAUUCCGAUCGUGAACGUCAGGAAUGGUUGGCUCAUCUUGAUCGGUGUGUCUAUCACUGUCGCAAUACAAAUCAAUCUCAAAACAAUGCAGUUGCAGCGCACUGGGUUCCCGAUGAUAGGUCCGAUACUUGUAUGCAUUGUCAUACAACAAAAUUCUCAACAUAUAAUCGUAAACAUCAUUGUCGAAAUUGUGGUUAUAUCGUCUGUGAUGGAUGUUCAAAGAAACGUUUUCUCUUGCCGCACUUGGAUUCGAAAUCAGUCCGUGUUUGUGAUGCUUGCUACUCGAAACUCACAAAAAACUCAACUAAUGAAUCUCGUCCAACGCACCAACGUGAUAGCAGUGAUAGUGAAGGAGAAGAAAACAAUGGUCAUUAUUCACCCGUACCAGUAUGUCUAUCACGUCAUAUCUUGAUCACUAUCUCAUCCCACAUUUGCAUUGUAGGCCACUUUUUAUCAGAACGUCGAAAGUUUCUAAAAAAAACUCAAUAUCAUCGUGAACUGAAUGAUUAA